UUUCUCUCUCUCUCUCUGACCACGUCCACACACUCUACAGACAAUCCCACUGAAGGGAAAAGAGGCCAAACUAUGAAGCUUUAGCGAGCAGCAGCUGAGCGUUUGUCACAGCCACCUGAUGACUUUAGGGUUGUGUUGGUUGUUUUCAGCUCAGCUCUGAGGGGAGUCGCUUUUGUGCAGAGAGAGAGAGAGAGAAAAAAGUUGUCUGCUGCGCUCGAAGUGUCCAUGUGGAUACCACCAAGUUUUCUGCCACGCUUUUAAAAACAGAGCGGAGUUGCAUCGAGCCUUGUUGUGUUGAUUCUAACUUUUUUUUUACUGUCAGGACGACGGAGCUCGUGUAGAGAGUUAGUUUUCUGAACUUAUACUUUUUGGGGGGGCGGUAGUUUGCAGAUACCAGAAUGUUACCCCAGCUCCUCACCCUGGCCUGUGGUCUCUGCUGCUUUGGUUUUACCUCCGUCGCUGCAAAUGUACUACAAGCUGAGGCUUGGCUGCAGAAGUAUGGCUACCUGCCUCCAGGUGAUGUCAGAGCCCAGGCCAUCCGCUCACCAAAGACCAUCGCAACAGCGAUAAUGGCCAUGCAGAGGUUUUAUGGUUUGACUGUCACCGGCUCCAUAGACUCCAACACAUUAGAGGCGAUGAGCCGGCCACGGUGUGGCGUCCCUGACAAGUUUGGCCCGGAGCUGAAAACGAACCUGAGGAGGAAGAGAUACGCCGUGCAGGGUCUGAAGUGGGACAAGUCUGAGGUGACCUUCAGCAUACAGAACUACACCCCUAAAGUCGGAGAACGAGCCACAUAUGAAGCCAUUCGUCGGGCCUUCAAGGUGUGGGAGAGUGUGAUCCCGCUCACCUUCAAAGAGAUCCCCUACAGCCACAUCAGAGGCAAGGUCGACAAGUUCGCAGACAUCAUGCUGUCCUUCGCAGAGGGUUUCCACGGAGACAGCACGCCGUUCGACGGCGAGGGCGGCUUCCUGGCUCACGCUUACUUCCCCGGAAACGGAAUCGGGGGAGACACGCACUUUGACCUCGCUGAGCCCUGGACCACGGGGAACGUCGACCAGGGAGGUAAUGAUGUCUUCCUGGUAGCCGUCCAUGAGUUGGGUCAUGCUCUGGGUCUCGAGCACUCCAACGACCCCUCCGCCAUCAUGGCCCCCUUCUACCAGUGGUUUGACACCGAAAACUUCCAGCUCCCCGACGACGACCGCAGAGGGAUCCAGGCAAUUUAUGGAACCAAGUCCGGGGCUCCCCCUCCUCCUCCUCGCCCCACAAGGCCAUCCAACCCCGACAGACCGGAUCACGGCCCGGACAUCUGCGAGGGACACUUUGACACCAUCGCUGUCCUCAGAGGGGAAAAGUUUGUAUUUAAGGAUAAGUGGUUCUGGCGUGUGCGUAACAACAAGGUGUUGCCAGGUUACCCGAUGCCCAUUGGUCACUUCUGGAGGGGCCUGCCUUCAAACAUCAACGCUGCCUACGAGAGGGAUGAUGGGAAAUUCAUCUUCUUCAAGGGUGACAGGUACUGGGUUUUCAGUGAGUCCACCAUGGACAAGGACUCCCCCAAGAGCCUGAAAGACCUGGGUACUGGUCUGCCUAAAGACAAGCUCGACGCUGCUCUUUUCUACACACCGACAGGACAGACGUACUUCUUCAGAGGCACUAAGUACUACCGUUUCAACGAGCAGACCCGCACCGUGGACAAUGGCUACCCGAAGCCCAUCAGCAUGUGGAGCGGAGCACCAGACAACAUUAAAGCUGCCAUCAUGAGUGAAGAUGGAUCUUACACAUAUUUCUACAAAGCCAACAAGUACUGGAAGUUCAACAACCAGUACAUGAAGGUGGAGUCCGGCUACCCCAAGUCUGUGCUCAGCGACUGGAUGGGCUGUGAAAGCGAGGAGCCCAAGAAGGGUCGGGAGGAGGAGGUGAUCAUCAUCGAGGUGGACGAAUCGCAGAGCGGGGUCGGGCCGGUGGCCGUGGUGAUCCCUCUCCUGCUGCUGGUGCUGGUGGUCGUCACCCUGGGAGCGCUUUUGUUCUUCAGGAAGUACGGCACGCCCCGACGCCUCCUCUACUGCCAGAGAUCCCUCCUGGACAAGGUGUAGGCAAAAGCGAUGGGCGAUUGACAAGACUGCCGCAGAGGGACAGAAAGAGAGGGGGAGAGAGAGAACGAGGGCCGGGUGAGGAUGGAAACUGAGAGGGGGGAAGAGGUGAAAGAGGAGGCGAGAGCGACUGGAGGAAAAAGACAGAAGAAAUGGGGGAUAGAUGUGUUAAGUUUUGGGUGGUUUGUAUGUGCCACAAAAGAGGAAAGAAAAGAAAAAGGCCCUAGAAACUGAAAUCAGGAAAAUGUGUAUUUGUAUGUUAACUAUUUACAUGUACUGUUCUGUGUUCAGAGGUUAAAGAACAUACCCACAAUCUCACAUAGAGAAGGGAAAUAUACAAAGACUCAUCUUCAUCGACCUCCGUCCCGCCUCUCCUCUCUCACAUCCCAGGUAUUAAGAAAAACCAAAAACACAUCCCUCCUUCCUUCCUCUGCUUUAACUGGACGACUCCAGCUGAACUGCUGUCUGACUCAUUCGUUUCACUACCAGAAACUUUCCUUUAGAAAUCUGUGUUUUCAGUUUGGGUUUUACUCAGAAAUUCUUCACCAUUGUUACGAGUUUUUGCUCUGGAAUACAUUUACUGUCAAAUCCAUGGGGGCUUUUUUGGGGGGGGGGGAGUUUUACACAGAAAUUAAUUGUUUCAAUAUGACAUUUGCUCUUAAAUCCAGUAUUCUGGGAACGUUUUAAAGUUCAGCCAUGCAGUAUCGCCUGUACUUUGUUUGAUUUUUUUUCUACCACUAAGUAGGGCUGGGUAUCGAACCUCAGACCUCUUUAGUACUGCCAGAAACGUGUCCACAACAACAGAUAGUCUUGUCAGCUUCAUUAACUUGUUUGCUUGUUUAGCAAAUCCCAGAUUUAAAACACAUUUUGCUGACUUUAGACAGUUUAGUACUUGUACUGUUGCAGACAUUUAACAUUUGAAAACUCUGACUUCUUUUGCUCAUGCACAAAAGAAGGAUAAAUGUUCAUAUUUCCGUAUUGUUUUGGUGUUGAUACUCAGGUAUCGUAUCAGCACUAUUAUGGGACAUCUUAAAACAAUACCCAGCCCUGCCACUAAUAGGAUUCCCUGCCAUCUGCUAAACGAUGCCAAAGAUGAUCAGUUUUAGUUAUAUUUACUUCAUUUUGGGAGCUGUAAGUAUUAGUAUGGAUGAAUGCAGACUUUCGAACAAAUGCACAGGGGAUUUAGGAUUUGUUUAACCUGAAUUAAGUCCACAAAAGUCAGGCUUCACAUGAGGCUGCUGGAGAUGGAUAGAAUUGAUUUUUAUGUCUGCACACAACCACCUGCAGGCCAAACUCUUCUUUCAGUGCAAGCAGUCAGACGGAAAAAAAGUUGUUUUUUGUUUUUUUUUAAACGUGACGUUUUAUCUCACAGAUGACAGUUUUGAAACAUUCCAGUACAUUUGUUGUUGAAUACGAGCGGAGCUGCUUGUCCAAAUGCGGUACAGUUUCCAACAGUAUGGUGCAAUUUUUAAUAAUUAUCGUUGUUAUGGGAAUUUGUUGUUAUUAUAAGUAUGGUUAUUGUUAUUAUUGUUCUCCUGGUAAAGUUAUAAUGACUUUCUUCUUUUUUUCUUUUGUGUAUUGUCAUUUGGAGUCCUGCUGGACAGAGGCAUAACAUGACAAUGAUGGAAAUGAAUCCCAGUUUACAUUCAGCGUGUGGUGAAUUAGAUCAGAUCAGAGGAGGAAAUGUGAGUUCAGGGAGUUUCUGUUUGUUCUGAAACACCCGAAAUUACUCAGACGUCGGCACAGAAUAACAAGCAAUACUAUUUAUGAACUUUGACACAGAUGGUGCUCAAUGUUUUUCUUUUUUUUUUUUUUACUCAAAUCAAAAUUGAAGGUGAAUUGAUUUAGUUAAUAACAAUGAUAAUGGUAAUGAUAUUUAUAAUGAUGAUCAUAUCAAUAAAAUGGAAUGAGAUUUUUUUCCUGCCUGUUUUCACUUUUGUAUUUCAGUAGAUAAAGUGAAAUUAAACUAUUUUCUACAAACAGUCA